UGUCACCCGAUGAUAGCAUAGACAUCUCUGUCAAAAUCAGACAGAGAGCUUCAUUUGUAUACUUACAAAUCAAUUCAUUAUUAUUCAUUACACCAAAGGAGAGAGAGAUUCAUCAUCAUCAUCAUUAAGACUUUCUUUCUUUUUUGGGUUGAUCUGAUUAAGAUUUGUAGAGUUUGAUCAAAAAAAAAAAAAGAUUUGAAGAGUAACAAAGGAAUAGUUCCUGGAAUGGCUACGGUGGGUGUGGAGCCUAGUGCUGCGGUUAGAGAAUUUAUUGGCAACGUUACAGAUGUUGAUAGGUUACAUGAGGAGAUGAUUCACAUGAGAAUUCAAGAGGAUAAAGAAAUGGAAGAUACAAUUGUAUAUGGCAAUGUGACUGAGACUGGUUAUAUAGUAACUACAAUAGCUGGAAGAAAUGGCCAACCAAAUCAGACAAUCAGUUACAUGGCAGAGCGAGCUGUUGGGCAAGGAGCCUUUGGAGUUGUGUUCCAAGCGAAAUGUUUAGAAACAGGAGAAACUGUUGCGUUAAAGAAAGUCUUGCAAGAUCGAAGGUACAAGAACCGUGAGCUUCAAACAAUGAGACUACUUGACCAUCCAAAUGUAGUGUCUUUGAAACACUGCUUCUUCUCAACAACCGAUAAAGACGAGCUUUACCUCAACUUGGUUCUUGAAUACGUUCCAGAGACAGUACACCAUGUUAUCAAUCAUUACAGCAAUCUUAACCAACGAAUGCCUCUUGUUUACGCCAAACUCUACACGUAUCAGAUAUUCAGGUCCUUAUCUUACAUUCACCGAUGUAUCGGUGUGUGCCACCGCGACAUAAAGCCUCAGAACUUGUUGGUUAACCCACACACUCAUCAAGUGAAGCUAUGUGAUUUUGGAAGUGCUAAAGUAUUGGUUAAAGGAGAGCCAAACAUUUCAUAUAUAUGCUCAAGGUAUUACAGGGCACCUGAGCUUAUUUUUGGAGCCACUGAGUAUACUACAGCCAUUGAUGUCUGGUCUGCAGGUUGUGUUCUCGCUGAGCUUCUUCUUGGACAGCCAUUGUUCCCUGGUGAGAGCCGCGUUGAUCAACUUGUAGAGAUUAUAAAGGUUUUGGGAACACCAACAAGGGAGGAAAUCAAAUGCAUGAACCCCAAUUACACUGACUUCAAGUUCCCUCAGAUUAAAGCUCAUCCAUGGCAUAAGGUAUUUCACAAGGGGAUGCCUCCAGAAGCUGUUGAUUUGGUCUCAAGGCUUCUUCAGUACUCUCCCAAUCUCCGUUUCACUGCUAUUGAUGUAUUGGUCCAUCCUUUCUUUGACGAGCUUAGAGAUCCCAAUGGAAGUUUAUUUCCACCGCUAUUCAACUUCAAGCCUCAUGAGCUUCAAGGUGUGCCUCUGGAGAUGGUGGCUAAGUUAGUACCUGAACAUGCUAGGGACCAGUGUCCUUGGCUCGGCUUGUAAUCUAUCCGUUGUUACUUUCAGAACACGAAAACCAGAGGGAACAGUCAGAGAAAUUCAUAUCUUAUGUAUCUGCUUCCUCUGUUUUUGUUACUGUGAUUCAAUCUCGGCCAGAUGAUUCUGUAACCCUUUA